AGGAGCAAAGCUCGGCAUCUUCAGACUCCUCCUCUCCUGGUCCACAUCAACAACUGCAGUCAUGAAUGUAGGUAUCUAUGUGUGUGUUCUCCUUGCUGCUCUGUCCAGUGGUUCCCUGGGUCUGCCCGCACAGUCCAUGUCACAGAGAGCUGAUGGUGAGGCUGUCAUGUCAGACAGCCUACCUCCCCCCUCAACCAACCGCACACGCCAGGCCCGCUCAGCUCCAGCGCCCCCCUCAGGGCAGUUCGCCAACUAUAAUCAGCACCAGGAGGACGCAGACGCUGGAAACGGCCUGAGCCAGCUACUGGCCAGACUCAUCUCCAGGAAAGGCUCUCCCUAUCAGACAAGAUCCCACCUCACCAGCAGAGCCAGUGGUCUAGCCCCAGUCCAUCGGAUAAAGGACAGAGAUUAUCUUGGCUGGAUGGACUUUGGAAGGCGCAGUGCAGAGGAGUAUGAAUACUCCUCCUAAAGGCAUGGCUUGCUAUCGUCGAAAAGUUACAACCCCCAACACCGACAAUAAAAACUCACAAAAAUAAUGAGCCCUUUUCACACUGCACUUACUGUAACCCAGGGCUGACUUGACUGGAUCCCAGUAUGAGUUUAGCAUCAUACUAUAAACAGAGAGUUGGAAUAAUUUACCAAAGGGCAUAUCCUGCAAUCCUGCAAUCCUGCAAUGUGAAUCCUGAACCUCCAUGCUGAACUCAAGAACACUUUCCACACCGCUCCCCACAGUACAACAGCGUUAUACUUAAGCACCAAAUUUACAGAAUAACGUUGGUAAUAUUCUAUGUGUUGUUAAUGGUACAGAAAUCCUAUGAAAAGACCAAACCCAUCCCUUAGUAGGUUCUGACUUCCCCAGCCCGUCUGUGGCACUCAGCCCCAAACUCAUUUGAUCAUACUGAGGAUCUAAAUCUUUAAAAACAUCCAAACAGACAAAUAUGUACUUUUAUUUUUUUUUUCUUUUAAAAAGGCUCAGAGAUUCCUAAAACAACUGCACCCUGUAGUUUUAAGCAGCGUUACUUAAACAGGGAUAAAUAGUGCAUUUGUUGGGGACUAUUUUCAGCUGGGAUUAUUACAUAUCUGGUGCUCUAGUAAGUAUUUACAGCAGCAGGACAGCGUCUGUGGGUUAAACUCAAAAUAAAUUACAAGAGCAAUGAACGAACAUUUCACUGAGUGCAACGGCGUGGCUCAUUUUUGGACCAGAAUGGAGCUCUAUGCACAGAGGAAUACACUCUAUCGGGAUGUGGCUACACAGAAAAUUCUUGUUAGUAAUAUCAGUUCAUUGUUGGUUUUGGUCUUUUCGUGGUAUUUGUUGACAAUAAGAAAAAUAUUACCAGACCAGAAUAUCCCCAGAUUUAUCCUUAACAACCAACAGGGCUUUUACUGGUGUUAACAGCUCAACACACAUUUGUUCUUAAGUCUGGUGCAAACUUUGUAACAUCAUGUAUUUUAAAUGGAUUGAAUUUCAACAGACUUUCAACAUUUGGAAGGUAAAAGAACUGAUAAUCAAGCAAUACAUUUGGAAAAACCCUCUUCCUUUACAUAUAAAAUUCAGCCUCAUUCCAGUGAGAGAAACUAGUGUCUUUGGACUCAAAUUUAUGCCACUCAAAGUAGUGUUAAAAUUUCAGAAUGUACCCGCAGCCGCAGCCUUAUACUGGACCUUAACGAGCCACCAUGGUGUCUCUGGCAAAUUAAACCAAAAAGUGGGAUUUAAGUCUGUAUCUUUGACUGGAACCUUAAUGCACUCAGCUAACUCCAGCCCAGAACUUCAAUUCACUUUAACUUUGCAAAA